AUGGCAAAUACUUAUGCCACUGCUUCUGAUGGCUACUGUCUUGCCGAACAGGACCAGUACUAUGAUAUUUUGCCAGAGCAAAUCAACUAUCAGAUGCAUGACACUGAUUUCCAAGAAUCACCUUAUUGCCAAUAUUCUACUGUCCAGUUUCCUUCAGCUGUACCGUCACCAUCCUUACAAAGGCAUUUCAACACUUACAGCUUGGAUUUACAACUCAGUGGUGGAGAGUAUGGACUUGGUUAUUGUGAACUAAAUAAACCUACUUAUGUGGUUGCCCUGGAUGCUGAAGAUGGAUACCCCAGAACAAAGAGGUGCAGACUCAGUCAUUCUUCCAUACGAAUUAAGGGACAGGAAGAACUCUGUGUAGUUUGUGGAGAUAAAGCCUCAGGAUAUCAUUAUAAUGCACUUACUUGUGAAGGUUGCAAAGGUUUUUUUCGUCGUAGCAUCACCAAAAAUGCUGUAUAUAGGUGCAAGAAUGGUGGUCACUGUGAAAUGGAUAUGUACAUGCGUAGGAAGUGUCAAGAGUGCAGACUGAAGAAGUGUAAGGCCGUAGGAAUGUUGGCAGAAUGUUUGCUCUCAGAAAUCCAGUGCAAAUCCAAGAGACUUCGAAAGAACUUUAAGCAGAAUCACUGCUACUCUACCAUCAGAGGGGAAAAGGAGGUAGCAGACAAGCUGGUAUCAUCUAUCACUAGAUCUGGAAAAAUUCAGGAAAGCCUGGAACUAACUCAAGAGGAAUAUCAGCUCAUUAACAACAUUGUAGUUGCUCAUCAGAAAUACACAAUUCCUUCAGAAGAAACAGAGAAAUUUCUUCAGGGACAUGCAAAUCCCGAAGUGAGCUUUUUACAACUCUCAGAGACAGUCGCACUGCACAUCCAGGGGUUCAUGGAUUUUACCAAGGGUCUCCCAGGAUUUGAAAAUUUAACCGAAGAGGAUCAGACCACAUUAUGGAAGGAAUCAAAAAUAGAAGUGAUGUUCCUUCACGUGGCCCAACUUUAUAGUCAGAAAAAAUGUCUUUCAUCAACUGCUGAACAUGAAAAAGAUCAUUCAGCUCAUUCACUGAAUUUGCACAGUCAAAGUGGUGAGACAAGUGUUAUUUAUUCUACGGAAAUAUUUUGUAAAGAAGGUUGUCCUUCAGCUGGGCUGACAGGGAUUGCUGAGGAAUUUAUUACUACACUGUUCUACUUCUACAAAAGAAUGAGUGAGCUUAAUAUUACUCAUACUGAAUAUGCUCUACUUGCAGCAACAGUUGUGUUUUUUUCAGAUCGACCAUGCCUUAACAAUAAGCAACAUGUGGAAAAUUUACAAGAACCAAUCUUACAAAUUUUGUACAAAUAUUCAAAAAUUUAUCAUCCAGAAGACCUACAGCAUUUUCCUCGUCUCAUAGGGAUGCUCACUGAACUGAGAACACUGAAUCACAACCAUUCAGAAAUACUCAGCAUUUGGAAAACAAAGGACCCUACAGUGGCUAGUUUGUUCUGA